AUGAAUUAUAAAACGGACCAGCUACGAUUUGAAUUUGCAGUGUUGCCAGCGAGUGAUGGAAAGUCAAAUGUAUAUUGUGUAACCUCCAUAACGACAAGAGAUGAAAAAGUGUUUGCUAUUCCAGAAGAAUUACAGUCUGCUAGUCUUCAUAAAGAGUUGAUAAAGACAGCUGCGUACAAUAAAAUAAAAAAUAGUUUAAAAAAAAGACAUCAGACGAGAAAAAUUUGGAUUACAAUGACAAAUGAACUAAGUAACGUGUACAUAGAUGAAGAUGGUAAUCUACAAUUUGGAGAUCAAUAUCUCGAAGAAAUUGAACGAAAGCAAGCAUCUGAAAAGUUUAUAAUUGAAAGAUUUACAAGUAAAAAUAUUAACCCAAGCCAGUGGAUUGAUGUUUUUGAAAAAGAAUGUUUACGUUUUGAUAUUACGGAAGAUGAGAAAAAAAUUGAGAUACUCAAACUAUUCAUGGACAAAAGUUGCGCUGAUUGGUAUAGUUCUAUGAUUAUAAAAUUAACACUAAACUCAGAGUGGUCUAUUUGGAAAAAUAAAUUCUGUGAAUCAUUUGCAAAUUCAGGCUGGAACCAAGUGACGUAUGCGUUGUUAUUUAAGUACAAGGAUGGUUCAUUGGUGGAUUAUGCUAUAAAAAAAGAAAAACUUUUACUGGACAUGAGAACAUCAAUAGAUACAGGUACUCUAGUGGAUCUAAUUGCAGCUGGAUUGCCAGACUUUGUUCUAGAAAUGAUAAAUGGACAAUCAAUGGAAGAUACAGUAGACUUAUUCAAUGAAGUAAGAAAGUAUGAACAUUUCGAAACCCUUAUAUACGUAACACUGACCUUGUCAAAUAUCGUUGGAAAAGCAUCUUUUUGA